AUGGCAGGAGGAAGUGGAGGAGCUGGGGGAGGAACAGGGGGAGGGGACUCGUUGGCUCGCAGGGCCUGGAGGCAGUACCUGCUCCAGCUGCAGCGCCACCCACUCCGCACCAAGAUGGUCACUGCGGGGUGCCUCGCAGGCGUCAGCGACUCCGUGGCGCAGAAGCUCUCUGGAUAUCAGAAGAUUGAGAAGCGCCGCCUCCUGCUCAAGAUGAUAUUUGGGUUUGCAUAUGGUGGCCCAUUUGGGCAUUUCCUGCAUAAAGUGUUGGAUUAUAUCUUUAAAGGGAAGAAGGAUACCAAAACUGUAGCUAAGAAGGUGUUGCUGGAGCAGAUCACUUCCUCUCCCUGGAACAAUUUACUCUUCUUAUUCUAUUAUGGAUAUGUUGUUGAGAAGAGGCCUUUCAAGGAGGUGAAGACUAGGGUGAAGAAACAAUAUCUGUCAGUGCAAUUGUCUGCUUGGAUGUUUUGGCCAGUAGUUGGUUGGAUAAACCAUCAGUACGUGCCUUUGCAGUUUCGGGUGAUUGUCCACAGCUUUGUUGCAUGUUGCUGGGGAUAUUUCUCAACCUUCGCGCCAGAGCCAUGUCUUUGA